AUGGUAAUGGGUGAUGCGGAGGAUGAGCACACAUUUCUGUGUGGCUACCAGCGAACACGAGGAUACGGCAGCCUGGCGAACCCGCAUGCAUCCACCAGAGCUUACCAGACGAUCAUUCGGCAUCAGGUGGAACCGACCGACACCCUCCAGGGACUCGUCCUCAAAUACAACACUUCGAUGAGCGAAAUCAAGCGAUUGAACCGUCUUUGGUCAAACGAAAGUCUGCAUCUAAAAGAGAGCAUUGAUAUACCCAUUUAUGAUGUUCGCUGGCAAAAUGCUUCGAGUCGGCCAUUCAGAGGGGAUUGGUCAGGUGGGGAAAGCACGGAGAAGGGUAGCGCCGAAAGUGUGCAGGAUAUCUUCAGGAGGAUUGACACGAACAUCCGGAAUACAACUACAAUUGUACAUAAAUUGUCCAAAAAUUCUGCGUAA